AUAUAUAAAGUGAUAGGAAUUGAAUGAAUGGAUAAAGUUCAGAUAGAGUACUCUAGUUUCUGUUCCACUCUCCCACCUAACGUUGGAUUCAUCUAAAGGUUGAUGAAGAAGUGGGUGGAUGAGGCCGAGUAACUCUUGAUGAUGCGCAAGGCAAGCUGUAGUGUGGACCAAGUCAUUCAAGUUUGGGAGUGAUUGCGGAAAUAUCGGUGUACCUUUGUCUGACCCAUACAUUGCAAUUAUUGUACUCGUCAUGAUAAAACACCACCACCAGAGUACUUAGAUAAUAUAACCCCUUUCUCACAAACACCACUUUUGGAAGCAAAGAUAGACACUAGCUAUUCGAAUUUGAGUUCUCCCAAAUAACUAGGAUGAUUUGGAUAGCACUUUUUUUAGUUUCACUGGCUUUUCUGCGGUUAUGGAGAAGCAAUAAGAAUGCAAAGAAAUUACCACCUGGUCCAAAAGGGUUGCCAAUUUUGGGAAGCCUUCACAAGUUGGGACCAAAUCCUCAUCGUGACCUGCACAAACUAGCCCAAAAAUAUGGACCUGUCAUGCACUUACGUUUAGGUUUUGUGCCAACCAUAGUUGUUUCUUCACCCAAAUCUGCUGAAUUGUUCCUCAAGACCCAUGACCUUGUCUUUGCUAGUAGACCACGUUUCGUGGCGGAUCAAUACAUCUCUUGGGGGCAGAGGAACUUAGGCUUUGCUGAAUAUGGUUCUUAUUGGCGCAACAUGCGCAAGAUGUGCACAUUGGAAUUGCUAAGCCAAUCCAAAAUUAACUCCUUCAGACGCAUGAGGGAAGAGGAGCUUGACCUUUUGAUCAAGCUUGUAAGAGAGGCAGCCAAUGAUGGAGCUGCUGUUGAUCUCAGUGUCAAGGUUGCAACACUCAUUGCAGACAUGUCUUGUAGAAUGAUUUUAGGAAAGAAGUACAUGGACCAGGACAUGUGUGGGAGAGGGUUCAAGGCUGUGAUUCAAGAAGCAAUGCGUUUAUUAGCAACUCCUAACGUAGGAGAUUACAUUCCUUACAUUGGUGCAAUUGACCUUCAAGGCCUAACGAAGCGCUUCAAGGUACUUUACGAAAUCUUCGAUGACUUCUUCGAGAAAGUUAUUGAUGAGCACAUGGAAUCAGAGAAGGGAGAAGACAAGACCAAGGAUUUUGUGGAUGUCAUGUUGGGCUUUUUAGGUACUGAAGAAUCUGAAUACCGCAUUGAACGGUCCAAUAUCAAAGCUAUAUUGCUGGAUAUGUUGGCUGGUUCAAUGGAUACUUCAGCUACAGUAAUUGAGUGGACACUUUCAGAGCUACUAAAAAAUCCAAGGGUGAUGAAGAAACUCCAAAUGGAAUUGGAAACUGUGGUGGGUAUGAAGAGGAAGGUGGGGGAAUCAGACCUGGACAAGUUGAAGUAUUUGGAGAUGGUUGUAAAGGAAAGCAUGAGGCUCCAUCCAGUGGUACCAUUGCUAAUACCACACCAAUCCACGGAAGAUUGCAUAGUUGGAGAUUUUUUCAUACCCAAAAAAUCAAGGGUCAUAAUAAAUGCAUGGGCAAUUAUGAGAGACCCAAGUGCAUGGGUUGAGGCAGAGAAGUUCUGGCCAGAGAGAUUUGAAGGAAGCAACAUAGAUGUGAGAGGGCGUGACUUCGAGCUGAUACCAUUUGGGUCUGGCAGAAGGGCCUGUCCAGGAUUGCAAUUGGGCCUAAUAACGGUUCGUCAAACAGUGGCCCAACUUGUGCAUUGCUUUGAUUGGAAGCUGCCCAAUAACAUGUUUCCAGAUGAUUUGGACAUGACAGAGGCGUUCGGCCUCACAAUGCCCAGGGCCAAUCAUCUGCAUGCCAUUCCUACGUAUCGGCUUUCCAAUUAAAGGGAUUAUUAGGGAAAGGAAAAUUAUGCAUGCACAACAUGUAGACAUUCAGAUAACGAGUUUUAAUGGAGUAUUUGUGUACUUUAAGUGUUGUCCAAAUAUAAUUUGGUGAAACAGUUUCAUGGUAUGUGUUUAGGUUGAUUUCAGUAAGAUUUAUUAGAAAAUAAAUUACCUUUUUCCUUCCUUAUC